AUGAAAAUAGAAAGAAUAAGACAUGUCUUUCCGGGAGACCACAUUCCAGAAAAAGGAUUUAAGUGUUAUGGAAUUGUGGAGGGCAGGGCCGUGAUCAUAGGAACACUGUGUAAAGUUGAGGAUCUAUACUUCAUCAUGGCAAAGACUAAAAUUUACGUUCCAAAGCAGUACGAUGUUGUCAUUGGAAGGGUCGUUUAUGCUUCUCAGGACUACUACAAAGUAGAUCUAGGAUCGUGCACUGGAAUACUCCCUGCCCUAAGCUUUGCAAAUGCAACUAAGCGGAACAGGCCAGAGCUUGAGAAGGAAAAUACGGUUCUUUGCCAGGUGGAAAGAGUUUCAGAUGGAGAUGCCUUGCUUUCGUGCAAAAAAGAAGGACUUGGUGCAAUUGAUGAAUGUUUUCCUAUUGAAAGCUGGAAGAUCCGGCUACUCUACUUUAACAACGUUCUACAGAAACUGUCAAAAAAUAGAAGUUUUAGGAUUGCAUUAGCAAUAAAUGGAUUUGUAUGGAUUGAUGCUGAUGCGGAAACAAAAAGAGAGGUUCUUAGAGAAAUUGAGAGAUAUGGAACCGAGAAUGAAAAUGCCUAA